AUGGUGGUGCCCAACUUCAACAAAUCACGCUCACCUCCCACUACACCCAAUCUCUUCCAAUAUGAUCUUGGACCUGGACUUCUGUUUGCAUCGACUGCGAAAAGCGCAACUGGGACACCACACAAACCUUCAACAGUGGUUGGGAGGUCUCCCGGAACACCAAGCACCAACUAUGAUGUUGGUUACUUGGCCUUUCCGGCUGGUUACAACAGUCCCUAUACCUCUCACAAACCGGAAAUUGAAUCCAAGGAAUCGAAACCCCCAGAGAUCUCCGACGAACAUUCUCGGUCUAUAUCAUCUACGUCCGAAAGCCAAGUUUCUCCCGAACAUAUAGCCAAAAUUUCGCAGGAAACUGCCGAAGCUCUCCGAGGGGAGGAAGAAUGGGUACGGAGUGGUGGUAUCCUUCGGGAUGCUGAUGGCCAUCGGGACUUCAAACGCACCCAAGAGAUAAGAGAGGAGUUGAGGUUGAGAGAGGUUGAGAGGAAAUUGUUGCAAAAAUGGGAGGGUUAUGAGUCCAGGUGGAAAGAGUUGAUGAAGAGGUUGCACGAAGACCGUUUGAUUACUUUCGACGAUAUACCGUGGCCGGUUUGUGCUGAAGACGAGUCGGAAAACUUGAAACCAAAGAAGAAGAAAGGCAAUGAAGAAGAACGAAAACCUAUAAUACUUGAAGACCUAACGACAAGGAAUGUGGGGGAGUUUUUGUUGGGACCGCUGAGGGUACGCGGAUCGACGAUUUCAAGGAAGGAGCGGAUACGAGCAUCGUUGCUAAGAUGGCAUCCUGAUAAGCUUACUGGAUUGCUGGCAAAGGUCGUUGAAAACGACCGGCAGUCUGUUGAAAAUGGGAUUGGAAUUGUUGUCAGAGCUCUACACGAACUCAACAACAAGUCAACUUGA